UGAUGGGGUUGCGGGCUGGCGCCCUGCUGCUCUCGGCAGCCGCUGCCCGCGCUGAGGUGCGUCGGUACCGGGCCCCGCGCGCUCCCGCGCGCCGCGGCGCCUGCUGACCUGGCCGCCCACCCGUCGGUCCGCAGCGCAGCUGAGGAAACUUGAACAUAACUUCAGAAGAGGAUUUGCUUCUUUAUUUCUGGACUGCAUAUAUAUACCAAGGCCAUCAGAAUGUCGGGAGCCUCAGUGAAGGUGGCUGUUCGGGUGCGGCCUUUCAACUCUCGGGAGACCAGCAAGGAGUCCAAAUGCAUCAUCCAGAUGCAAGGCAACUCGACCAGUAUUAUUAACCCAAAGAACCCGAAGGAAGCUCCAAAGUCCUUCAGCUUCGACUACUCCUACUGGUCUCAUACCUCGCCCGAAGAUCCCUGUUUUGCAUCUCAAAACCGUGUGUACAAUGACAUUGGAAAGGAAAUGCUCUUACAUGCCUUUGAGGGAUACAAUGUCUGUAUUUUUGCCUAUGGACAGACUGGUGCUGGGAAAUCUUACACAAUGAUGGGUAAACAAGAAGAAAGCCAAGCUGGCAUCAUUCCACAGUUAUGUGAAGAACUAUUUGAGAAAAUCAAUGACAAUUGUAAUGAAGAAAUGUCUUACUCUGUCGAGGUAAGCUAUAUGGAAAUUUACUGUGAGAGAGUACGAGAUUUGCUGAAUCCAAAAAACAAGGGUAAUUUGCGUGUGCGUGAACACCCACUUCUUGGACCGUAUGUGGAGGAUUUGUCAAAGCUGGCGGUCACUUCCUACACAGACAUCGCUGACCUCAUGGAUGCUGGGAACAAAGCCAGGACAGUGGCAGCUACCAACAUGAAUGAAACAAGUAGCCGCUCCCAUGCUGUGUUUACCAUUGUUUUCACCCAGAAGAAACAGGACACUGACACCAACCUUUCCACUGAGAAGGUCAGUAAAAUCAGCUUGGUGGAUCUAGCAGGAAGUGAACGGGCUGAUUCAACUGGUGCCAAAGGGACUCGAUUAAAGGAAGGAGCAAAUAUUAAUAAGUCUCUUACAACUUUGGGCAAAGUCAUUUCAGCCUUGGCAGAAGUGAGUAAAAAGAAGAAGAAAACUGAUUUUAUUCCAUACAGGGAUUCUGUACUUACUUGGCUCCUUCGGGAAAAUCUAGGUGGCAAUUCUCGGACUGCAAUGGUUGCUGCUCUGAGCCCCGCAGAUAUCAACUAUGAUGAAACUUUGAGUACUCUGAGAUAUGCUGAUCGUGCAAAACAAAUUAAAUGCAAUGCUGUUAUCAACGAGGACCCCAAUGCCAAACUGGUUCGUGAAUUAAAGGAGGAGGUGACACGACUGAAGGACCUUCUUCGUGCUCAGGGCCUGGGAGAUAUUAUUGAUACAUCCAUCGGGUCUCUUACUUCAUCUCCAUCUUCCUGCUCACUCAAUAGUCAGGUGGGCUUAACAUCUGUGACCAGUAUUCAGGAGAGGAUCAUGUCUACACCUGGAGGAGAGGAAGCCAUCGAACGCUUAAAGGAAUCAGAGAAGAUCAUUGCUGAGUUGAAUGAAACCUGGGAAGAGAAGCUGCGUAAAACAGAGGCCAUCAGAAUGGAGAGAGAGGCGUUGUUGGCUGAGAUGGGAGUUGCCAUUCGGGAAGACGGAGGAACCCUGGGGGUUUUCUCACCUAAAAAGACCCCACAUCUUGUUAACCUCAAUGAAGACCCACUAAUGUCCGAAUGCCUGCUUUAUUACAUCAAAGAUGGAAUUACCAGGGUUGGCCAAGCAGAUGCUGAGCGGCGCCAGGACAUAGUGCUGAGUGGGGCCCACAUUAAAGAAGAGCAUUGUAUCUUCCGAAGUGAGAGAAACAAUAGCGGUGAAGUUAUCGUGACCCUAGAGCCCUGUGAACGCUCAGAAACCUACGUAAAUGGCAAGAGGGUGGCUCAGCCUGUCCAGCUGCGCUCAGGAAACCGUAUCAUCAUGGGUAAAAACCAUGUUUUCCGCUUUAACCACCCGGAACAAGCACGGGCUGAGCGGGAGAAGACUCCUUCUGCUGAGACCCCCUCUGAGCCUGUGGACUGGACGUUUGCCCAGAGAGAGCUUCUGGAAAAACAAGGAAUUGAUAUGAAACAGGAGAUGGAGAAAAGACUACAGGAAAUGGAGAUCCUAUACAAAAAGGAGAAGGAAGAAGCGGAUCUUCUCUUGGAGCAGCAGAGACUGGAUUAUGAGAGUAAAUUGCAGGCCUUGCAGAAGCAGGUUGAGACUCGAUCCCUUGCUGCAGAAGCAACGGAAGAGGAAGAAGAGGAGGAAGAAGUUCCUUGGACACAGCAUGAAUUUGAGUUGGCCCAGUGGGCAUUCCGGAAGUGGAAGUCUCACCAGUUUACUUCAUUAAGGGACUUACUCUGGGGCAAUGCCGUUUACCUCAAGGAGGCUAAUGCCAUCAGUGUGGAAUUGAAGAAGCAGGUGCAGUUUCAGUUUGUUCUGUUGACUGACACACUGUACUCCCCAUUGCCUCCUGAGCUACUUCCCACUGAGAUGGAGAAAAGUCUUGAAGGCAGACCUUUCCCUCGUACGGUGGUAGCAGUAGAAGUUCAGGAUCUGAAGAAUGGAGCAACACAUUAUUGGUCUCUGGAGAAACUCAAGCAGAGGCUGGAUUUGAUGCGAGAGAUGUAUGACAGGGCAGGGGAGAUGGCCUCCAAUGCCCAAGAUGAGAGUGAAACCACUAUGACUGGCAGUGAUCCAUUUUAUGAUCGGUUCCAUUGGUUCAAACUUGUAGGAAGCUCCCCCAUUUUCCACGGCUGUGUGAAUGAGCGCCUUGCCGACCGCACACCCUCCCCCACUUUUUCCACGGCCGAUUCUGACAUCACUGAGCUGGCUGACGAGCAGCAAGAUGAGAUGGAGGAUUUUGAUGAUGAGGCAUUCGUGGAUGACACCGGCUCUGACGCAGGGACGGAGGAGGGAUCAGAUCUCUUCAGUGACGGGCAUGACCCGUUUUACGACCGAUCCCCCUGGUUCAUUUUAGUGGGAAGGGCAUUUGUUUACCUGAGCAAUCUGCUGUAUCCGGUGCCCCUGAUCCACAGGGUGGCCAUUGUCAGUGAGAAGGGUGAAGUGCGGGGAUUUCUGCGUGUGGCUGUACAGGCCAUCGCAGCGGAUGAAGAAGCUCCUGAUUAUGGCUCUGGAAUCCGACAGUCAGGAACAGCUAAGAUAUCUUUUGAUAACGAGUACUUUAAUCAGAGUGAUUUUUCUUCAGUUGCAAUGACUCGUUCUGGUCUUUCCUUGGAGGAGCUGAGAAUUGUGGAAGGACAAGGUCAGAGUUCUGAGGUCAUCACUCCCCCAGAAGAAAUCAAUCUAAUGAAUGACUUGGAUUUGAAGUCAAGCACUUUGCUGGAUGGUAAGAUGGUCAUGGAAGGGUUUUCUGAAGAGAUUGGCAACCACCUGAAACUGGGCAGUGCCUUCACUUUCCGUGUAACGGUGUUGCAGGCCAGUGGAAUCCUCCCAGAGUAUGCAGACAUCUUCUGCCAGUUCAACUUUUUACAUCGUCAUGACGAAGCAUUCUCCACCGAACCCCUCAAAAACAACGGCAGAGGAAGUCCUCUGGGCUUUUAUCAUGUGCAGAAUAUUGCAGUGGAGGUCACGGAAUCAUUUGUGGAGUACAUCAAAACCAAGCCCAUUGUUUUUGAAGUCUUUGGGCAUUAUCAGCAGCACCCCCUUCACCUGCAGGAACAGGAGCUUAACAGUCCACCUCAGCCAUCUCGAAAGUUCUUCCCUCCACCCAUGCCACUCUCCAAACCAGUUCCAGCCACCAAGUUAAACACCAUGAGCAAAACCAGCCUUGGCCAGAGCAUGAGCAAAUAUGACCUUCUGGUUUGGUUUGAGAUCAGUGAACUGGAGCCUACCGGAGAGUAUAUCCCAGCUGUGGUUGACCAUACCUCAGGCCUGCCCUGCCAGGGGACAUUUUUGCUUCACCAGGGCAUCCAGCGAAGGAUCACAGUGACCAUCAUUCAUGAGAAGGGAAGUGAGCUCCAUUGGAAAGAUGUUCGUGAGCUGGUGGUCGGCCGGAUUAGGAGUAAGCCUGAGGUGGAUGAAGCUGCAGUUGAUGCCAUCCUCUCCCUAAAUAUUAUCUCUGCCAAGUACCUGAAGUCGUCCCACAACUCUAGCAGGACCUUCUACCGUUUUGAGGCCGUGUGGGACAGCUCCCUACAUAACUCCCUCCUCCUCAACCGAGUGACACCUUAUGGAGAAAAGAUCUACAUGACCUUGUCGGCCUACCUAGAGCUGGAUCACUGCAUUCAGCCAGCCGUCAUUACCAAGGACGUCUGCAUGGUCUUCUACUCCCGAGAUGCCAAGAUCUCACCGCCACGCUCUCUGCGCAGCCUCUUUGGCAGUGGCUACUCAAAGUCCCCAGACUCCAAUCGAGUCACUGGAAUUUAUGAACUCAGUUUAUGCAAAAUGGCAGACACGGGUAGUCCAGGCAUGCAAAGGAGGAGGAGGAAAAUCUUGGAUACAUCAGUGGCAUAUGUGCGGGGAGAAGAGAACCUAGCAGGCUGGCGGCCCCGCGGAGACAGCCUCAUCCUUGAGCAUCAGUGGGAGUUAGAGAAGCUGGAGCUCCUCCAUGAGGUGGAGAAAACCCGGCACUUCCUGCUACUGCAUGAGCGACUUGGUGACAGCAUCCCCAAAUCCCUGAGUGACUCGCUCUCUCCCAGCCUCAGCAGUGGGACCCUCAGCACUUCCACCAGCAUCUCCUCUCAGAUCUCAACCACCACCUUUGAAAGUGCCAUCACACCCAGUGAGAGCAGUGGUUAUGACUCAGCAGACAUUGAAAGCCUAGUGGACCGAGAGAAAGAGCUGGCAACAAAGUGCCUGCAACUUCUCACCCAUACUUUCAACCGAGAGUUCAACCAGGUGCACGGCAGCAUCAGUGAUUGCAAGUUGUCUGAUAUCUCUCCAAUUGGACGGGAUCCCUCUGAGUCUAGUUUCAGCAGUGCUACCCUCACUCCCUCAUCCACCUGCCCCUCUCUGGUAGACUUGAGGAACAACUCUUUGGAUCAGAAGACCCCAGAAGCCAAUUCCCGGGCCUCUAGUCCCUGCCUGGAAUUUGAGCAAUUUCAGAUUGUCCCACCUGUGGAAACACCCUAUUUGGCCCGAGCAGGAAAACAUGAAUUUCUCAAUCUUGUUCCAGAUAUUGAAGAAAUUAGAGCUGGCUCAGUGGUCUCUAAGAAAGGAUACCUGCAUUUCAAGGAGCCACUUUCCAGCAACUGGGCUAAACAUUUUGUUGUGGUCCGUCGCCCAUACGUCUUCAUCUAUAACAGUGAUAAAGACCCAGUGGAGCGUGGAAUCAUUAACCUGUCCACAGCACAGGUGGAGUACAGCGAGGACCAGCAGGCCAUGGUGAAGACACCUAACACUUUUGCCGUGUGCACAAAGCACCGUGGGGUCCUUCUGCAGGCUCUCAAUGACAAAGACAUGAACGACUGGUUAUAUGCCUUUAACCCACUCCUUGCUGGCACAAUACGGUCAAAACUCUCCCGCAGACGCACGAGCCAGCUGAACUACUGACUCUGCUGCGGUCCUCACUCGCCUUCAGAAAGAUAAAAAAAGUGUUACCUCUCAUUCUGUCUGUGAUUCUUGACGGUUGCUCUCGUAUGUAAUCCUGUGGCUUAACUACUCUCCCUCCUCGUCCAGCACUUUUUCUAGCUCUCCUGUCCCCCAUCUCCAUUGCUCUGUGCUCCUUUCUUUUUUCCUGUGCUGAGAAUCUUGUGAGUAGCAUGUGGCCUAACAAAAGGGAGAAAAAAAAAAACAAAAACCCAGAGGGGAUCCAGUGAAUCUUCAAAUUAUUUUUUGGUGUAUUUUGCUUCCUUUUGUAUGAUAGAUCCCCAUUAUGACCACCUCUGUUGUCUGUACUGCUGUCUUUGGAUAUCUUUGUCUUUCAAAAACAACUACAUAGUUUUCUUUUUCUUUUCUUUGUUUGUGAUGGUGAUGUCAUUUUAAUUUUUCUUGGGUGGCUUAGAGAUGAAGGGAGGAGACAUCUAACCUUUUUAGAAACUGAGAGGAAAAAAACCCCUCGGUGUCUUUUUGUCAUGGCUAAUCCCUACACUUCCUUUCAGGGGAAGGCUGUGCUGAGCUUAGAAAUGCGACAGUUACCUUCUCUGAGCUGAAAUUAGGGCUCAUUUAGAACAUGGUUAUGGAAUUUUCAUUUAGUGCAAGUGAGAAGAGAAGACUUCUUAGUAGGCUAGGAACCGUGGCUGUUCUUGACCGUGUAAAAAGGGAAGAGCCAAGGGUAUUGCUGGUCACUUCAGAAAGACUACAGAAUCUGGCAGUGAGGCAUGAGGGCAGGCAGUUAGUAGGAUGUUUGCAGUUCAUCACAGUUUCCUCUGCACUGUGUCUCUCUCUGUAUUCGGAGGGAGGCUCUGUUUAUGGAGUUUCUAAAUUCUGUCCUCGGCAUUUGGGAUGGUGGUGGUACAGUUUGAAAUUGGUGCAGUGUCAUACACAAAUAUCCCACAAGAGGGCAGUGUUUCACUUUCUGGUGAUGAACUUAAUGGUCAUUGUCAUUAUAGUUAUGAUAAUGCUGAGUGAGGGACCUUGUGAUUUUUGGAGCUCACUUACAUCAAAGAAGCGCAGUUUUCAAGUAUAAACUUGGAAGUCUCACUCUGAAUCCAGUGGUCAAUGAUGCUUGUCAAAGGACAGUAAGCAGUCUCCCUAUACUUAUAAAUAAACAUGGCAGGAUGCUUUACGAAUCCCAGGAGUAAAGCCAAUCCCCUACCACCACUUAAAAAAAAAAACAAGAAAGCCCCUGGAGGCAGAGAAGAGGCCCGCCUGAGCCCUGACCCUGGUAUCAGGUGUUUAGUCUCUGCUUGCACCCCUCCCGUCUCUCCUUUGUUAUCCUUCUUCUCUCCAUGAGUGUGCAAAUACUGUCAGAGGAGAAAGGAAGCAGCUCACUGCUGAUAGUGUCUUCUCCUCUGACAGGCCAGGUCGUCUGGCUUCCAGAGGCACCACAGAAGAUACUUUUUCUCUCAGCUGCCAGUGAGUUUUACAGGAAGGACACGGGGGAGAGGCCUCCAGGUUACUUCAGUUACUUUGCCAUCCUUUACUUCCCUUGCUUAUACUAUCUUCGCUGGAACCUCUCUGUUUCGCCAUCCCGUAAACAUUUAAGAAAGUACCCAUGUGCCCACUUUGUGGAGGACCAGGGGUUCUCGGCCUUGAGGUUGCUGACUAUCAGGUGAUGGGAAACUGGAUGACUUUCCGCUUCAGGCAGCAGAAGCCACGGGCUUGUGCCCUGCAGAACAGUUGUUAGGGAGGCUUGUCACCACCACCCAGGCCCUGGCAUCUGACCUGCUGGUGGGCUGGUCUCUGCAGAACAGGUCUCCCAGCUUCAUGCAUUAUAACUACUUUGCAAAGAAGAGAAAAAGUGAAUCACAGGGAGCUUAGCAACAGAAAGGGUAGACAUCACAUGCUGACCUGAUGUGACAGUGAUGAAUAAAAACUCUAUGGGGAUUUUUUUUUAACUUUCUUCCUUUCCUUAAAGCAUAGGUCACUAACUACAAUGUUAUUUGUUUUCCAAGUGGUGUGUGAGAUUUUUAAUGUAGUUAGAGGGUUCUUCAUUGUCUAAUGAACACAAUAUGCCCUUCUGGUGUGUACUCAAACCAGGAUCUGUCGGUGCUUAGAGACAGCUUCCUGGGCUAAAUUAAAUCUAAUUUCAGGGAAAUGAAGAUGAAGUUGGAAGGUUACUUUUAAAAUGAAAUCACAGAUGCUGCUGCUGUUAUAAAGUCUAGUAGAAGGAUCCCUGUCUGUGGCAAGGGGAGCUGGAGAAGGCUGAGAGAGAGUAAAAUGUGAUAACACUGAACUGACUUUUGGUUUGUCUUCUAACUCAAACAAAACUGGCUUGGAAAGUCUUUGCUUUGAAUGUGUCGGAUAUGAGAACGAGCCAGACUGGACUGUCUGUCCAUAAUAUGCCCAGAGAAGAAGGCUUGUUAUGAAGCAGAGGUGACAGGAUGUGGGUGUCCCACAGGGGCACUCAGGCAGGUGUGGGAAGUCUCUGUGCAGUAGACAGGUACAGGCAGUCCCUGUUGGCACCCCUCUUUCUUUAGGGGCUCAUUUUCAGAUUGGAGUUAAAACAGUUUCAGAAUUGAUGUGGCCUUUCCAUGCCAGGCCAUCCUCACUUUGAAGCUUUCAGAUAGAGUUUGUGGCAGGAAGUUUAGCUGCAGCCAUAGACUAGGCAGUAAAGUUAAAUUUCCUUUUGAGGUGGUUUGUUUGUGCCUAAAGCACCUCUGGUUUAUCCUUAUAUCCUUUAAACAAGGGAAAACUAUUAAGAAAAGAAAACUCACGUGUAAAUUAAAGAAAAAUGAGUGUUAGCUAUAAAACUAUUCAUCUCUUCCUCCCCUCAACUCCCCCAGCCCUCCUUUCUCCUGCCCAAGAACAGCAGGGCCUCACACCACACGAGGGGUCAGACCCACCUGUUUCUGUGCCCCAGCCUGGGAGUCAGUCAGCCCUCAGGCCGGGACCGUGCCCGGGGCCAGCCAGCCCACGCACACAGUCAGGCACACGGUCAGGCACUGGGAUAGCCGCUGUGGCAGCUGGCUGGGCCCCAGGCCCUGUGCUCUGUUACAGAGUGGUUUCUCAACCAAGAAACCAGCAUCAUUUGUUUUUUUGUUUUUUUUUUCCCUUUAGCUAGGUAGAACUUACAUAACUACUCAUGUUUCAGAUGGAUUUUUCCGCUCUUCAGAUAAAGGAAUAAAUUAAAUCAUUACGAAAGGUCUUGUUGGAUCUAAAAGUACAAUGACUUUUCCUGGCGUAUAUUUCAAAGCAAAGACUUUGUUGCCUGCUGCUUGUCACCUAAUUUACAGGGGUAUUUAAUUUUGUAAGGUAUAUGUAUAUUUAUACAGCUGUAAUUAAUUGCACUUUGGACUGGAAAAGACAGGAUUCUCUUGGGUGUAGCCUGUCGGUAUUCUGCAUUUCCCUCGGGCUGUGUUCCGCUCAGCUCUGCUGUACAGUAUCAGGGGCUGUUUGUCUGUUUGUUUGAUUUGGGUCCUUCAUUUUUCCUUUCAGUUCCCUUUUAAAAAUGUGAUUGUUAACCUGCUCCUUAAAAAGACAAGACUAAUUCUGCUGCUGCUCCCAGCAGGUUUGCUGAAUGUCAGUUAAAUAGGACUCUAACUUGUGUGCACUGCAGCUGUCCACUGUGGCUCAGAGGAUUCACCCAAGGAUGUGGCCAGCCUGUGACUGUAUGUAGCAGGAAUGUCUUCAUUUGUGCUUCCUUAGUAAAUUGAAAUAUCAGCCGAGAGAUUAUUUGUUGUUGUUGUUCAAAAGGCCAUUUAUGAAUUAGUACUUGAACCCUACAAAAUCUGAGGAAAGCCUCCAAUCAUUUAAAGAGUAAAUUAUAAUUGGUGUAAAACUCAUGUUAAAAACUCACAGCCAUAUGGCUGUGCUCAGAUGGAAAGUCCAAGCUGAGGUUGGUCUCUUGCCAAACCCUGGCUGUUGUGUGUUGUUUUUCAUGUCUCAGAGAACUUUUUUUUUUUUUUUUUUCAUGCUGCAUAUUCUGGCAUCAGUGACUGAGGAACCCAUCAGCCUUCUCACAUUUAGGGUGUUGUCUUAGACUCUGUGGCUCUAAAGUACUUGUUCGUUGAGAGUCACGUCUCUUGUGGCCAUCCUCAUACACUACAACAAAACCCAUUACUCAUAAGUGGCCUUUUUGAACCAAGACUUUGCAAACUGAUCUCUCCCCAGUGAAGGAGUUGAGCACAUUAGCAACAAUGUACAUUAUUAAUUUUGGAUUUUCAUUUUCAUGUUUUAUUUUGUAAAUAUUACCUGAUGUUUGGAGCUUGAGUAUACAGAAUGUAAAUAUAGUUCUUGUAUUUGUACUAAUUCUUAUUCUUUUGCUAUAUAGCCUUAGGUGUGCAAUGCAGACAUUAUCUAACUGUAUGUUAACCUUGCAUCACAGAGCUAUUAGUGAACAAGGUAAAAACAAAUAAAGGUACAACUAGUGCAUC